CACAAAUGGCAGCCGCCGACAACACGAGCAGACAGCUGUGCCCACGGGUUAAAAGUAAAAACAAACAAUUGUACCCCUCUGCCCGCUGUCUUGCUGGUAAACAACUUUACUUAAUUGUAAUUUCCAAGACGCUGGAGUUUAGCCUAGCCUAAGUUAGUUAGCGCAUGCUUUUUUUGCGAUGGAUCUGUUGGAGCCUCCCACGCCGAUGAAGGAUAAUGCUUCUUCUCAUUCGGAGUCCAAAGCCAAGAACUGCGAUCUGUCCCACGCGAUGAGAGCCAAGAUCUAACGAAACAGACAGCGGGCUCUGAUGCCCGAGGCAAGCCUGACCGGCCAAUAGACCAUCGGCAGGAGAAGGGGGUGGAACCUCGGCUAAAGUCGCCAAGACAGUCGACUCUGGAGAAUGGUUCUUCAUUGAUGAAGGACAAAGAAAGUUGUGCAUCAACCAGAUAUGUGCAUUAAUAGUCAAUCAAAUAUGGCAGGGGGAAGUAUUCACAUUUGUUGCAUGAUGAAAAUAUAAUUAAUCUUAUCUGCAGAUCCGGUGUAACAGAGAAAGAUGCGUUGUGGGCUCAUGUAAUACCACAUUCCAAUUGCUGAGUGGAGUCAGUUUCAGGUAUUGAAGAUUAUAAAGGAAGUUCGUAAUACAUUAUUUAUGGCACAGUGACAACCAACCUCUAUCUGAAUGACUAGUAGAUCCGUUUUUACUGACAAGACACCUUGGCUGACCUCUCCCUCCUAUCACUCUCUCUGCACUGCCUGUGAUUUGGGAUAAGUGUGUUUGUGCUAAAAUGACUAGAAUGUAAUCAUUUUAAAUGUACUAGUAGUUUAUAGACAGUGUUGAGCCUGGGUGCCAGUCUACUUGGAAUUGUCUACUGACAAUUCCAUAAGUAGGUUUCAGGAGAGCAGAGACGAACUGGCAUUCAGGCUUAGUGUUGAGCUCUGCUGAUCUCUCUGACUCUGUCCUCCUCCUAGCCCCGGUGAUGGAGGCAGACUAUCUGCUGUGUGAUGACUGGGACCGCCCUUUUAGGGAUUCCUACCUCAGCAACGGCUUCCGUCUGGCAGUCUGUGACAACUACAGAGACGACGAGGUGAAACACAAGCAGAUAUCCCGUACGGAGGCUCAGCAGCUCUACCUACUGAAGGACUGUGACCUGGACCAGAGGGAGCCAGUGCUGAGGUUCGUCCUGAGGAAGAACCCACACAACCCUCACUGGGGAGACAUCAAACUCUACCUCAGGCUGCAGGUGGAGACGCGCUCCUUAGAGGUGUGGGGCUCCGAGGAGGCCAAGGAGUCCAGAGAGGAGAACAGGGAGGUGCAGAAGCGCGUCAACCCAAAGGUCAAAGAGCUCCACCGUGCGGUGAGGAGCAGCGUGGGGACAAAGAACACCCGUGCUCACCGGCACGAGUACGGCCCUGAGGAACUAGUGGAUGAAGACGAGGAUCUCUACAGGAAGGUCGGUAACACCUGUGAACACAAACUGACCCAAGAUGUACCCUAGAGUCUUUUAAAUCGGAUCCCGGAGGCUCACAGAGUGAGUUUUUUAAAUUUUUAUUUAAAAAAAAAAAAUUGUGGACCGCUGGUAAUACACCCGACAUGUAAAACUGAGAUUCAAAUGACUGAUACCUCAUACUUGACACAUGCCUUGAAGCUGAAGCAAGGAGGCCUACUUGAAAUCGUCUCAGCAGAUGCCAUACACAAACUCACUACAAGAGGGAAUUAAUACAUCAACACAUUUUGACAGAGAAACGUUGUACUGCUCAGAAGCUGGUGAUGGCUGCAAUGUUAUGUUAUCAACUGUUUAGCAUGUUAACUUCCAUUUUGUAUUUACCACUUCUAAGAUGGUGUUAUGUGUAGAAGGAUCUGCAUGUGCAAAAUAAAUAUAUUUUUCCAUAAUGUGAUCACUUUUUUGCGUCUGUACUUAACUUGUUUUAGAUCUGUAGACAAUCUCUAAAACGAAUGUGCCGUUUUUUCCCCUCUUGGUUAAGAUGGAUAGAUUGAUAGAUAAUUAUUGUAUUAAUACACAAUCAAGAAAUUGAUAUAAUUUGCAUAACAUUCAUUGAAAAUUGUAUUUUCGGGGAGUUUUAUAAGAAAWAUAUAACCCUGAUCUAUGAUAUUGAUAAUGUACUGUUAUGACAUGAGCUUUUGCUAGACUGGUGUGGUGAAAAAAUUAUUUGAACUAUAUCCCCGAGCAGUCAGUCACAUCAAGUCCAUGGCAAAUUGACCAUUAUAUAUCUUAGAGGCUACAUGAAUGUGAGGUUUAAACUACUGCAUUCCCAUCAUAAACGCUAGUGCAAUAUGCCUAGACUAUUUAAUACAAACUGACAAUGGAGGGGGGUUCAAAGCCUUACUCAUGCAAAGUUAAGACUGGCAAGUCUGAUGGUCAAACAAUGGCUCAAAGAAUAAUGCUGAUGCCUCCCACCAAGCAACCAAUGAAGUAGUCUGCAGUGGUGUAAAGUACUUAAGUAGUAUUUUUACUAAAGUAGUGUUUUUGAG